GGAAGAUAUAAUUGCAUUGUAUACAGCGUAACAUCUCCAUCAGUCCAGUUACUGGAAAUGUGGACAAUAAUUUUACUAUCAAUAAGAUGAGAUGAAUUGACUCCAUGUCUGGGGUUUCCAACAACGGGGAAGUGUCUUCCCCACCAGCCGAUGAUUUGUACACCUCGAAUAACAACGAGACAGUUAAAGUAGAACUGCCGUAUGCAGCAGCGGUUCCCGUAACAACUGACUCGGGCGGAGUAGAGCAAGGCAACGGGACAAUCAGCGGUCCGGCCAUGUAUCACCAACCGGACCUCGCGCCGGGAGACGGCCCGGAGACUGAUGCCCUGACGGGACGGCCCGUGACACGGCAGGGCACCAUGGGCGGCACUUACAGCCGGCAACAUUGCCACAACGCCAUCGAGUUUGAGUUGCACAAGUUGGACGUGCAAGGGGAUAAAGAAGAUGCGGUCGAGAGCAGGGCCAAAAUCAUCCGGGAGAUGCCGGCUACUUUACACAAAAAACGGGAACUACGAAACCAAUAUGGGAAGAGGAAGGUGAAAGCGGUAUCAGGAUGGAAAUCAUUCAAGUACAACACAGCACUGAAAUGGAAACACUUCAAAGAGAAGAUGUAUGAUGUUGUCUUGACGUUUGAAGUAUGGCGGGCCUCCUUGAAAGAAGUGGAAGGCAAGUUUGGUACAGCGGUUGUCUCCUACUUUGUCUUCCUGAAGUGGAUGUUGUUCCUCAACAUCUACAUCUUCGUCUUGAUGUUUGGAUUCGUCAUCAUCCCACAGGUCAUCCUGGGUGGGGGAUACAUAGAGUCAACAACAUGUGAGGCCGAGUAUACAAGCAGUGUGGACCAACAGUGUAACACCGGAAACACAGGCCAGUGCAUCAUUGAUUUCAUCGGUGGCACUGGUUGGAUGGAGCAGACAGCGUUGUUCUACGGCGACUAUCCCCCUUCAUUCAGUAACGACAACAGUACAGAUAUCACUGUGUUCCUAGAUAAUGUAUACAUUCUUCCCCUGGCUUACCUGCUGACCUCGGCCGGCUACUUCCUGCUGUCUCUGCUCCUGAUGGUGCAGUACACUGCGGCUGGCUUCAAGGAAAGCCUGGGCAACACGGAGGACUAUCACUUCAAGUAUUGCAACAAGAUCUUUGCAGCGUGGGAUUAUUCUAUGACCGACGAGAAAAACGCCUACCUGAAACAUCGGAGCAUCCACUACAUACUCCAGACUGAUCUCGAGGAGGCAAGGCUGAAGCUGUUACGAGCCAACAGAACCACCUUGAAGAAAUGCAGGCUGUACCUACUGCGGCUUAUCCUUAACGUAGUGGUCCUGGCCAUACUAGGUGGUGCGGGCUACCUCAUCUACUAUACCACCGACUUGUCCGUUCUGCAUUCAAACAUGCCAAUCACAACUAACGCCGUUGGGAGCCUGUUGAUUGGUUACCUUCCGUCCAUCACCAUCACAAUACUUAACGGUCUGGUUCCCAUGAUCUUCAACGUCGUGGUCCGAUUUGAAGACUACAGUCCGCAGUUUGAAAUCAGCAUGACCUUGGUCAGGACGGUAUUUCUUCGUCUGGCCUCCUUGGGGGUCUUGUUCUUCUCCCUCUUCCCACAGAUCUCCUGCAGUGAGACGGCCGAAGACACCUGCGGAGUCUGCAGUGCCGGCGACUUGAAAUGUUGGGAAACCUACAUAGGCCAGGAAUUCUACAAACUCUCCAUCACUGACUUUGCAGCCGUUGUCCUGGUGGUGCUGCUCUGGGAAUUCCCUCGCAAAAUUGCUGCCAAGUAUCUGCACUUUGGCAUAGUCCAGACCCUGGGCAAGAUGGAGUUCGAGAUCCCCAAGAAUGUUCUGGCCAUCGUCUACUCCCAGGCACUGUGUUGGAUUGGAUCGUUCUACUGCCCGUUCUUGCCAGCUAUCAGUCUGGUCAAGUGCCUCGUCUUCUUCUACCUGAAGAAGUGGAGUUUGCUGUACAACAUGGUGCCGUCAUCCCGACCAUUCCGUGCGUCACGUUCUGGCAUCUUCUUCAUGGUCAUUCUGCUGAUUACGUUCAUGGGCUGCAUCAUACCUGUUGGAUACUCCAUUGGAGCUAUUGAGCCAUCGCGUGGAUGUGGCCCAUUCCGUGGUCAAGUCACCAUGUGGGCCGUCAUCACUACAACCAUUGAGCAGUUCAACAACUUCUUCGAGGAAGUCUUCAAGUUCAUCGGCUCGGCGGCCUUUGUGGUGCCGUGUAUCGUCGUCCUCCUACUGAUACUGUACUACUACCACGCCAUCGCCUCUGCCCACAAUGAGCUCGUGAACCGGCUGAAAGAGCAGCUUAUUAUGGAGGGACGCGACAAGCACUUUCUGCUGACCCGUCUCCACGAGUUGGAACCCAACACCAAGGGGCACAAGAAGCGCCACAUCCUACCCCAGAAGAGCCAGAAGACUCACCCCCCGAAGCACCCCUCCCAGGCCUGGUCAGGAGGCGGCCCCAUGGACGCCCACCCCUUCUCUACUCAAUCCUAAAAACAAAAUUCAAAACAUUGGCAUCUGUUAAUAGGCCUAAGACGUGAUGACGCCACGCUUUGUUUACAUGUGCGCUUUCCUAUGUAGUAGACGGUCCCCGCUUUGUCUGGCGUCCCGACUUCGUUCCCAUAGGAAAGCACAUAUGUAAACAAAGCCAUUACGUCAUUGCAUGUACGUCUCGGGUCUAUUGGCUUAUAGCAACGUUAAGUUUUGUCAAAUUUUUAAUUUAUACUGUUUCAAUUUCCAUAAAACUGAUAAUAAUAGUGGGUGUUUAUAAAGCGCACGUAUCCACCAGGACUGGUGCUCAAGGCGCUACAUCAUUAUUACCCUGUUUCAU